GUAAAUACUGCGAUAAAAAUAACUUUUGUGGACGUUUUUUCUUCCCCAGUCAUUUAUUAAACUCACGUUGAGUGAAUUGCCUUUAACCAGACUUCAUUUCAUCGUGACUUUGGUGUAACUUGUGAUGCAAUUAGAAGCUUUUGACUGCUUGUGACAAUGAAUAAGUUAUUGAAUCGACUAUGAAAAAGAUGUACGCGAAACUUUUUCUAAUAAUUUUUUUUGUGAUAAUUUCAUUUAAUCAAAUCAACUGCAACUACACGAACAACGAUAUUUCAAAUGGAUUGAAUGAAGACCACGAAGAUUCUAACGUAAAUGAAUCUUGUCCUUGCGAGGGUCAAGGAUGUCAUCCACUUUGCAUGAAAGAUGAAGACACAUCGCUUGGAAUGUUAUUUAUGUUAACCGCUAGUCAAGUCAUUCUUGCAACUGCAAUAAUUAUGGGAAUUUCUGCUGUUAUCACAAUCAUUUUAAGAGUCUGUUCUCGUACUCGAUUCCAGAGAAAUACUCAAAACUUAACAAAUAUUCCUGAUGAAUUCCAACGAACUGGAAUAAGAGCUUCAUUAACUUCACUUCAACAGCGGGUCAUGUCGAAACUUCGAGAUCGUCCUCCACGAUAUGAAACCAGACAUAAUUAUGAGUUUCAAAGGAGACAAAGAAAUAACACAAGAAUUCCGAUUCUUAAUCCUGGUGCGGUAACAUCAACAGUAAACAUUCCACCUCCAGCAUAUGAAGUGGGUGACAACAAUUCGGCAAGCGAACUUCCACCAACAUAUACAAUCGCUAUUGAGGAUACUGGAGGUGUUCUGAAUCAACCUUUGCCAAUUGAUGAGAGAGAAACUACAAACGAAAAUGAUAUUAGCAGGAAUAGAACGACUGAUAAUGUUCUGCAUAUUUAAAGUUUAGGAAUUUAUUUUGACAAAUUUUGUUAAUGUUUUGUAUUAUUUAAAAAGGAAAAGAAGUAAACAAAUCUUUAGAAUUAGAAUGUAAAUAGAAAUUUGGUUUAUUUAUAUAGUGAA